GCGGCGCUUCUGCGUAUGCGUACGCGGCUUGGCUGUGGUGCUCGUGCGCGCGGCUGCUCCCCCUGGCGGCGGCCCGGGCCGGCGCGGGCUCGGCGAAGGUUCCGGAGCGCGCGGCUGUCACUCCCCUGCUGCCGGCUGCGCGCGCCACUCCACCAGCUCCUGCAGCGGCCGCGGGCAGAGAACUUUGGCAACAAGAUGGCUGAGCCACGUCAAGAUUUCAGUAUGAUGGAUGACCAUUCAUUGAGCCAAGAUAAGCAGAUCCCAUCAGGGUAUCCCCUCCAGAUACCAGUUGAUGACGGAUCGGAUGAGCCGGUUUCUGAGACCUCUGAUGCUAAGAGUACCCCAACUACGGAAGAUGCUACAGCACCACUAGUGGAAGAAGGAGAACAUGAGGAUGGGACUGGAGCUCAGCACCAUGUAGAGAUUCCUGAAGGAACCACAGCUGAGGAAGCGGGUGUGGGAGCCACUCCUAACCUUGAAGACCAAGCUGCAGGAGACAUCGCUGAAGCUCGUGUUGAUGGUAAAGACAAAGACGGGACUGCUGAACAGAAAAAACCUAAGACAUCCACACCUUCCUCUGCCAGCACCUUGAAAGAUAGACCCUCCAUUAUCCCCAAACGACCCUCCUCUGUUAGUACAAUCCCUUUGAAAAUACCCUCCAGCCCUGCUGAGUCCUCAGUACCAGCUUCCAGUCCUAAACGAGUCUCUUCUGUCACAUCCCGACUCGCCAGUACAGGAAUGAAAGAAACAAAGCCCAAGGGCCUGGAGAUGAAAAGUGGAAUGAAGAUGCCCACCCCAAAGUCUGCAGUGGCACAGGCUCAAAGAAGCCCCGCCAACGCUAGUAGGAUCCCAGCAAAGACUCCCACAGCCCCCAAGACGCCUCCCACCACUGCUGGGAAGAAGGAGCAGAAAAAGCCCCCUUCCACAGCAGCAAAAUCUGAUAAAGGUGAACAGCCAAAGUCUGGAGACAGAAGUGGUUACAGCAGCCCUGGCUCACCAGGAACCCCAGGCAGCCGUUCCCGCACACCUUCCCUGCCAACUCCUCCUGCCAGGGAGCCCAAGAAGGUGGCAGUGGUCCGCACUCCUCCAAAGUCCCCUUCUUCUGCCAAGAGCCGCAUGCAGCCAUCUGCUGUCCCCAUGCCUGAUCUGAAAAAUAUCAAGUCCAAGAUUGGUUCUACUGAAAACCUGAAGCACCAGCCAGGAGGUGGAAAGGUGCAGAUUAUUAAUAAGAAGCUGGACCUUGGCAGCGUUCAAGCCAGGUGUGGCUCAAAGGAUAAUAUCAAACACAUCCCAGGAGGCGGCAGUGUGCAAAUUGUUUACAAGCCAGUAGACCUGAGCCAUGUGACAUCCAAAUGUGGUUCCUUGGGCAACAUUCAUCAUAAACCAGGUGGUGGCCAGGUAGAGGUGAAGUCUGAGAAACUGGACUUCAAAGAAAAGGUGCAUUCGAAAAUUGGGUCAUUAGACAACAUCACCCAUGUUCCUGGAGGGGGCAAUAAAAAGAUCGAGACUCACAAGCUGACCUUCCGUGAGAAUGCCAAAGCCAAGACUGACCACGGAGCUGAAAUUGUCUACAAGUCCCCCACCAUCUCCGGAGAUGCCUCCCCCCGUCGCCUUAGCAAUGUUUCCUCCUCUGGCAGCAUCAAUAUGGUGGACUCCCCCCAGCUUUCGACAUUAGCCGAUGAAGUGUCUGCUUCCCUGGCCAAGCAGGGCUUGUGAUCGCGUUGCUGUGGGUGGAGAGAAAAGAAAAAUCUGGCCUUCUUCCUCUGUUCCUUUUACAGCUGCUUCCCCCACCCCCUAACUGGUUAAGGAUUUAACUGCUUUUAUUAUUCAUUUUGCUCCAGCUCCAGGACUUCAAAACCAGUCAUUGCACUGGGUUCAGUCCCCUCCUUUCCCAGCUGAGGCUAGCCACCUUCAGAAACAAACCCCUUGCAAAACAUGGGUUUGAUUCCUGGGUGGGUUAGGGCUUCUCCUGUCUAACUGCAAAGAACAAGCCUGGUGCCUGUUCCCCCUCAGCCAUACCAUGAGGCCUGCCCCAUCCCACCACCCAAAGCAUCCCCCCUGUGCUGCACCAGACCACUCCUCUCCUUUGGUUUCCUGCAGCAGCAGUUCUCUGGGGCCUGCUGCCCCCAGCUGGGGACACUGGGUGCUGCCGACAUGCUGGGAACUGAACCCCAUGCAGGAGAGAAAAGGAAGGUGUUUGCCUUCUGGGGGGGAUGUCCUGGGGCUGUGGGGGUCAGGGGGAGGGAUGCCGGUAGCAAUUUAGUUUUAAUCCAGUUUCUUCUCCUUGUUUCUUGUGCCACAGUCACCCUGGCCAAGAAGCUGAUGGAUGAUGGGGGAGGGGCCCCAGGCCUGGGCUCUGGCUCCUUCACCUCUCAUCCAAAGGCACCAGGCUUCUUCCUGAGACCCAACAGAACUGACUUUCAAGUCCUGUGAGCAGCAGCAGCUCCCCUGUGCCCCGGUACCCCCGGGACACUCUUGAAGGCCGUAGUGGCCCCAGCAGCCCCCCCGUUCCUCUUAGAGCCGGUUCUGUUCUCUCUGCAAGGAUCUCAUGUUUUCUGUUUUUACUAACAUCUGGUUUUAGGGCUACUACUUUUAACUCUUUGUAUUAACGACAACCGCUGAUGGCUUCUUCUUUCUCCCCACUCAUUCCUCUUAUGAAAGGAUCUCGGCUCCUGUCCUUGGCAGAGACCUCUUUCUCUAGUCAGCUGUGUGACCUUGGGCUGCAUGUCUGGUUCACCAACCCUUUCCAUUGCUCAUGCCCAUGUGACUGUGUCCUGCACGCAGCGUGCGUCUGGCAUGCGGGGAACCCAGGAGUCCAGGCACUUUGUAACAUAGCCGCAUGCUCUGAAUGUUGGGUGGGGGACCUGCUUUAAGAAAGCAGAGUUGCUGGGGCUGUGUAUCCAUGAAACCCUUGGGGACAGGGCAGUUACUGGGCAGGAUAAAUUUACCCCCGCGCUUCCCCGCCCCCACCCUCCUCCCCCAUCCCCACAGGUUUCCUGUUCUCACCAUAGCUAGAUGAGUGCCUGGCAGGCUGGACAGCUUGGCUCUUGUGAGCUUUUUGGGGUUCUUUGGAGGCUGCCUGCACGGUUUCUGGGGAGUUGCUUUGUCUAGGUGCUGCCGCAAAGAGAAAGUUCUCUGUCGGUGCCAGGGCAUGAACUUUGUAUGUGGCCUUUGGGCCUGUGGGAUGCUAUAACUACAAGUAACAGCUGGAGGUUGAGCGUGGUCCUUGCAGAGAGCAAAUCUUGAAUGUAUCAGGGUGGGAGGACGAAUGUAGGACCUUGCUCAGCAAGCAGAGAAAAAAGGAAACUUUUCGAGUGAGACAGCUGGGAGCUGCAGGGUGUCUCAUGAGUGUACCAGUAACGAAGCUAAAGGUGUACGUUCUUUUUCUAUGAACAGUAGAGGAGGAUGGGAGCCAAGGAGCUGGGAGCAGAUUGUGUCCCCUUCAAAUUCUCCUGGCAACUGGACAGAGACCUUUCUUCUUUCAGCAGACAGGGUUUCUAUUGAUGGAAACUGCGGACUCCUCAAACCCACGUGGUACCCCAGGCAUCCCCCUUCAUUUCCCCCUCCUGCUCCACCAGCCAUUUCCAUGCUGGAAGUGAUGAUGACACUAGGGUUUCUGGGCUCCCUUAGGCAAGAGAUGUUCUCUGAGCGGGCGUCCCCCUAGUUUUGUCGGAGUGAGGCAUUUUUGCAGGGGCUGUGGAGUCUGUGAAUAUAGGUUUUUUUCCCUUUGGCACCCCCUCGUGUUGUAUAGUUGGAUUUGUCUGUAUAUGCUUGGAAAUUGCCAGGGUGACAAUUUGGUUUUAUAUACAUAUAAUAUAUAUAUAUAUAUAUAAAAAAAAAAGCAUGUGUUAUAAAACACUCUAAGUAGGUUUGGACCUGCCACAUGUGGCCGCCUGUGUACAGCUGAGCUGGAACGUGGGCAGAGGCACGCUUCCAUGCAGUCCAGAUCAGACAGGGGCUGAGGUCUUGAAAAAGUUGGCAGUAAAUGCCAGGUGGCCGAGUGGCUGAUGGCACUGCCCCUGCACAGGGGUGGGGGUCCAGGUGCUGCCAGGCUCUGGCCUCCUGUGCCUGAUGCAUAUUAUUAGUCGGGCAGAGGCACUUGCUGCGAGGUGGUGCAGUGUUUGAAAAGCCUGGCCCACUGACCUGCUCUGUGCAUGUUCUGGGGCUUUCAUCCCAGCCCUGGCCCUGGAGGCAGGUUGUUCUGUGGUUCUUUUCCCUGCAACCUUCUCCCACAGGCAAGGGCUGUAGGGGAUGUCGUGUGAGUGCCUCCUUGUGGUGGUGGGAGCUCUGUGUGCUCAGUGAGGAUCUGAUUGGAUUAAUAUUUAUCCCCCUUCCCAUUCCCUCCCCCCACCUGCUAGGUCUUGGUUUCACAAGAGGGGUUGGUUGGAGCAGAAGUUCCCUGCAUGGUGAGUCAUUGUUCAAGGUUUCAGCAAGGUUGGUGGCAGAGUGACUCCGUGCAUCACCGUCAGAGAUGAGAGUAAAGCCAGGGGGGACAUCCAGGCUCUCUAGGCCAUCCAGUCUUGGAUUUCACAGCAGGAGCAUUAUCCCCUGCUCUCAGCACUAUGGGCAGGGGAGGUGGAGGGAAGGAACAUUGCCUUGCCCGUUCCCCACACCUGGUCCCCUUGUGCAAGGCAGUCCAGCAGCUUCUGCACUGUUGGCUGUUGUGCAGUGUCCCCAGCCUAUGGGUGACUUCUGUCAGCACUCAACCCAUUAGAAAAGUACCGCCUGUACCAGGCACAGGCCCUGGCUGGAACAGCCGCAGCGAUGCAGGCUGGCUGGGCCAGGUGCAGCCUCCUCUGGGGUCUGUGCUGGCUCACAAGGCCCUACCCCUGCAAGUGGGGGCUCCAAAGCAUCCUCUGAUUUUGGCCAUUUAACCCCUCUUUACCCCUUGUCUGAUCACUGCUGCUGGAGUGCAGUAGGCUGGUAAACGAUGUGGCUGAGAAGUUGGGGGCAGGUAUCUAUUGCGCAUCUCCUCCCAAAGGCAGUGGCACUUGACUCCUAGCACACAUUGUCAGGGGGAAGGGGCUGGAUGCUGUAAACUUUGGGCAUGGUGGGGUCAGCUCAGUGCUGCUAUGGGCCUCUGGUGCUGGGGAAGGGAACUGGCUCCCGGCAGCUUGGACCCAAGAACAUCAGCUCAGCCCCUGCCCCAGCACAGCCCAGUACCAGGGCGUUGAACCCCAGUAGCAUAACCAGGGAGGGCCAGGAGGUGACUGGGGCAGCCCUAGGCACUUCCUGAGGGGGUGGGGGGAAGCACAGAAAUAGCUGACCCUGGAGUAGUAGCUGAACAGGUGCCUGUGAUGGGCACCCAGCAACCAGCCCUGCCCUGCUGCUGGGCUCUGCCUGUCAAACCCAGGGUCCCUAGGUUCUUCUCAGCUUGUUUGCAGCCCUGAGAGCAAACAAAGAUUUAAAACAAGAGCAGGUUAUUGCCUCUGCCUUUGUUCCUAUGGCAACAGUCAGAACAAGAAGGCUACUAGCCUUGGUAGAGGCAGUGUCUGAAGGUACCAAUUCUUGUUCACGCCAGGGAGCUGGAGGUCUACUGCCCCUCCUCACCUGCUCAGUGCAUGGCCUGUUUGACUAAACCAUGUGGGGUGAGAUGGUGCAGGACCAGGCUGCUUGGUCUGGGGUGACAUGGGCAGGGCUUGAAGGAGGCUGAGACCCUUUUGCAUGUCAGUACUGUAAGGAAGGCAGCUCUAUGCUAGCCUUGACCACCCCGCUGGGAAACACAGGACACCAACACCUAUAGACUCCAUCCUGGCUGCAGAGCCAAUUCCAUUAACAGGAUGCAGAGACCACUUCUUAACCCACAUACCUGCCCUGCUGCUCACCUGCAUGGAACAGCUGCGGCCUGAUCUCCAGUUCAAGCAGAGCAGGCUUGAGGGUAACAGUUCAUUGAAACAUGCCCUACCCUACAAGCAUCUGUUCAGGGUGCACACAGCAGGGCAGUGGCCCAGGUCCUGAAGCACAUUCUUAUUCCCACCUGUAGGACAGCUGCUGCUUGCCCCUCCUGGCAUGUAAGAUGUACCCACCCCCAUACAUGUGGGGAGAACAUAGCUUCAAGGUGGUAGUUUGUGCACUACGGCUAGUCCAGAAGAGUUUGCUCCCUCUUCUAGCACCAGUCCAGCAGGCAGAGGUAGGAUGUUCAAGAAGGUGGGCAAGAAGGGAAGUGUGAUGGUGGGGGUGGGAGGGGUUGGUGCUAGCACUUGGCUGUAGUGCCCCACCUAGGAUUGGGUAUUGCCUACUGAAGUUUCCUUUGGGACAGCAGCUUUAGUCCUUUAUGUUCUCAGCUACAUCCUCUGCAGCAAGCAUGGGCCAGUAGGCCCCUGCUCCUUAGGAUGAGCCAUGUCACAUGGGUGCGAUGGAGCAGCAGAAUCUGAGGUUGCAGGAGAGCACGAUCAUGAUUGCAUCAGGGGUAGCUGAUUUGAUCCUAGUGCUGCCUGGGCUGGGAGAGGGCAGUGAUCUGUCAUAUCUGUUGCAUAUGUUAAGCUGAGACUUCCUGUGCCUUAACAGAUGGCUCAUGUCCAGAAGGGUUCUCUCUUUCUUGUUUGCUUGUUAUGGAACAAAACAGCACAUUUUUUAGGAGCAGGUGAAGGCUCCAUGUCCUAAUAGCUAAACUCUUCCCUUUAGACCAGGGCUGUUCAACUUCUAACUCCAUUGGGGGCUGCACCAGGUGAGUCAUGGGCUACUGGGCCAUGCCCUGUCUACUCCUUGUGCCCAUGCAACAUGCACCCCCACCCCAGUGCUGCUUAUGUAGCCCCUAUUCCCCCUCCACAAGCACACAGCCUGGAUGCACCCUCAGGUCCCUGUGCUGCCACACUGCAGCCAGAGGGAGAGCCUGAGGACUGCCUGCUAGUGCAGCCAGUGAUGGGUGGAGUGGCAGCCAGGUAAGGCUACAAAUUAACUCCUCUUUAGGCAAGGGAAGAAAUGGAGGUGGGUGAAGGGGUUUGGGGGUAGCAGGUCAGGGGGUCUCUCUUGGCCAACAUCUCUCUUUUCAGCAGGGUCUCCACAUUUACUCUUUGCCUUCAGUGGGAAUGCAGCAAGGGUUGCUUUAUAAGUUUAUUAGAGAGGCUGGACAACAGGCCAGGACGAGGCUCACUUGAAAGCCCACAUCCAGUGUCAAAAGUUCACUUCAAUUGACUCUCUGAUUGUAAGAAUCUGUAUUUAAAGUCUGUGACUCUUUGUAUCAUUGUAGGAUGUUAGGAACAGCUAUGAUGUGUGUCCUAGGUAAAAUGAAUUAAUUAAAGAACCAUUGAACAAGUUACCCCUUUUAACCCUUUUCUGCCUCCACUGAAGACUGGUCUAAUAUGGUCUUAGAUGAGCCAAGCUGCAGUCUCAGAUGCGCCUGCUAGGAUGUUCCUCGCCACACCAAUCCCCACAGAGCCUGGCUAGGCCCCUGCACUUGGUGCUAUGAGGAAUUACUGGCAGACACUGCCCCUCAUCCUUGGAUGAAUUCAACUCUUAGCAGCACAUGCACUGAGCUCUUACCAAGUGCCCCCCACUUCCCCACUACAGCCUGUGGCCAGUCUCCUCCUUCCUUUGCACCUGCUGAUCCCAGUCUGUCCCGCUUCCUCUCCUGCUAGCAUCAGGAUCCCCUAUUCAAUCACAUCUGAGCACCCCCUCUCCUGCAGCAGAGUGACUGGUUCCAGUUGUCAUCCCUUCCCAGCCCAUCACACAUGCACAUUUUCUAGGCAUUGCCUACCCAGAACUUAGUCCAAGGCCUGCAGUUUUCUGGUAAAUUAUCUUUCUGUAAGAGAUGGUGCUAGCCCAGUGACAUGGGACUAGCUGACCAAUUCCCCACCCCCCUGCCCCCCACUACCUGUCUUGGUCUGAAAAAGGUUAAAAUUGGCACUAUGACUCAAAUCAUGUUUCUGAACUCAAAAUAUGCUUGUUACAUGAAUUUGAAGUGUCAAAUGACAAUUAUGGUGUUUGCAAUCCCAUGAUUCCCUUUAAAUUUAUGGGGUGAGGGGGUGGGAGGGUGUGAUCUCAGUAUGACCAUCCUAGCUUAGCUUCCUGUCUGUGAAUGUCCAUAGUGAAUUGUGUGUUUUAACAACUGGUUUACACUGUUGCCGUAAAAGUGAAUUUGGAAAUAAAGUCAUUACUACAAUAAAA